GAGAGCGAGAAAGUGAGAGAGAAAGAGAGAGAGAGAGUGAGAGAGAAAAAAAAGAGAGGGAGAGAGAGAGAGAGAGAUAUGAACGGAUGACAUAAAACGAUGCCGAGAGAGCAGGACGAGAGAAAGAGAACCGGACUGCACGCGCUCAGACCCCUUCAUGUGUGUACCUGGAAUAUUUGCGGAAUUUUUCCUCCUCCUCAGUGGUGAUUUUGUGAUCGAGCAGAGAAGCCGUGACUGGCAUCAUCAAUACUCCUGACAUACCCACACACACACACACACACACACAAACACACACACACACACACACACACACACACACACACACACACACACACACACACACUCACACGUAUGGAUACGCACAGACGUGAAGGGAGAUGUUUUUAAUUCUAACAUUACGACUGAGAGAAUAAGGUGAGGACAGGGGGACCACACGCCCACCUCCGCGCGGACCGGACUUGAGAGCGGAUUUGAUCUGAUCCAUUUAUAUAUAUAUAUAUUUUUUUUUUACUGCUGCUGUAAAGUUGCUCAGAGAUCUGCGGACUUGAAUCCAGACAGUAUGGAUGGAUGUGGCGCGGUAUUUGGCGCAUUCGGCGUCCGUCGCCCUCCCAGGAUAUGGUGCUGCUGGAAGGUUGUCUUUCUGCUCAGCGCCUUCUUUCACAACUACCUGAGCUCCCUGCUGGACUGCCCGCCCACCUGCACCUGCUCGCCCACGGAGAUCUACUGCAAUAAGUCCGACAACAGCAAAUUCUUCCCGCUGCUGUCCUUCCAGGGCACCGGGAGCGCCGGGAACAGCAGCGGGAGCAUCGAGGACCUUUCCCAGAACAUCACCUCAAUACACAUUGAGAACUGGACUGGUCUGCAGACCUUGAGGGAUAUGGAUAUGGAGCUCUACACAGGCUUAGAGAGGCUUACUGUUACCAGGAGCAACCUGUAUGCCAUCCAUACUCGUGUGUUCUCCAAGAACCCCCACCUGCACUACAUAAACCUGUCCAAGAACCCCAUGCUGACCACGCUGUCCUGGCAGACCUUUGAACAUCUGCAGCUCUUUGAACUUCAUUUAGAGGAGGUGGUGUUUACCUGUGGCUGUGAGAUCCGCUGGCUGCAGCUAUGGCAACAGAGAGGAGAGGCGGGUCUAAGCAGCCAACAGUUAUACUGUGCUGAUGGCUACAGGAAGAUCCUGCUGAAUGAUAUGAACAUCAGUAAUUGUGACUUGCCUGAAAUCAGUGUCAGCCACAGCAACCUCACAGUGAUAGAGGGAGAUCAAGUGAUGGCGAUCUGCAACGGCUCUGGAUCCCCCUUACCUGAGGUGGACUGGCCCGUCAACGGCUUACGCUCCAUCAACACACAAGGGGCAAAACUCUACGGCAACACCAUUCAUUCCAUCAACAUCACUCUGGUCAAUGUGAGUAGAGACGACAACAACUUCCUGCUAACCUGCACCGCUACCAACAUAGUGGGCAUGACCAAUGCUUCCGUCCAGCUCACUGUUCACUUUCCUCCCUCCAUCGUGAAGCUGAAGGAGCCAGAACGCCGCCAUGACACCUGCAUAGAGUUUACUGUACGAGGUUCGCCCCACCCAACCUUACGAUGGUUCUACAAAGACAAGGAAAUCUCCCACACUGAGUAUGUACGUCCUGAUAUGGAUAUUUACCAGGACUACAUAGAAGGCUGCUUGACCUUUAAAAACCCAACACACCACAACAACGGCAACUACACUUUAGAGGCCAGCAACUACCUGGGUCUAGCCACCAGCACUGUGUAUGGCCAUUUCCUCAACAAGCCAUUUGAUGAUCCAGAGUCAGACUAUGAUUACGUUACUCCGACUGCAGAGACUCACAAACCUGAGGAAGACACUUUUGGGGUCUCCAUAGCAGUGUGCCUGGCAGGGUUUGCCUGUGUGAUGCUGGUGGUUCUCUUCCUUCUCAUCAACAAGUAUGGACGACGCUCUAAGUUUGGCAUGAAAGGACCAGUGGCAGUGAUAAGUGGUGAAGAAGACUCUGCCAGCCCCCUUCAUCAUGUGAACCAUGGUAUUAUCAGCCCCUGUACCCUGGAUGCAGGGGCGGACGCUGUGGUGAUUGGAAUGACCAGGAUCCCCGUCAUCGAGAACCCACAGUACUUCAGACAUGGACACAACUGUAACAAACCCACCACCUAUGUUCAGCACAUUAAAAGGCGGGACAUUAUUUUGAAGAGGGAGCUCGGAGAGGGAGCCUUCGGCAAGGUCUUCCUCGCUGAAUGUUACAACCUGAGUCCCACCAAGGACAAGAUGCUGGUUGCUGUGAAGACUCUGAAGGACCCCACUCUUGCAGCCAGGAAGGAUUUCCAGCGUGAGGCUGAGCUGCUGACCAAUCUCCAGCACGAGCACAUCGUCAAGUUCUACGGCGUGUGUGUGGACGGAGACCCUCUCAUCAUGGUCUUUGAAUACAUGAAGCACGGAGACCUCAACAAGUUCCUCAGAGCCCACGGGCCAGACGCCAUGAUCCUGGUGGACGGACAGCCUCUACAGACCAAUGGGGAGCUGGGUCUGUCCCAGAUGCUUCACAUAGCCAGUCAGAUCGCAGCCGGGAUGAUCUACUUGGCGUCCCAACACUUUGUGCACCGUGACCUGGCGACCAGGAAUUGCCUGGUGGGGAACGGUCUUCUGGUGAAAAUAGGAGACUUCGGCAUGUCGAGAGACAUCUACAGCACAGAUUAUUACAGGGUGGGAGGUCACACCAUGCUGCCUAUCCGCUGGAUGCCUCCAGAGAGCAUCAUGUACAGGAAGUUCACCACAGAGAGUGACGUGUGGAGCUUCGGGGUCAUUCUGUGGGAGAUCUUCACCUACGGCAAACAGCCCUGGUUCCAGCUCGCCAACAAUGAGGUGAUAGAGUGCAUUACUCAGGGCAGGGUACUGGAGCGCCCCAGGCUCUGUCCCAAGGAGGUCUACGACCUUAUGCUGGGCUGCUGGCAGAGAGAACCACAGCAGCGCCUCAACAUUAAGGACAUUCAGAAGAUGCUGUUCACCCUGAUGAAAGCCACACCAGUCUACCUGGACAUACUGGGAUAGACUUGGAAGGAACGAGGAUGUAGUUUAGGACUGGAUCAUGACUGCAGUAGAAACGAGUUCACUAGAUCAGAGGGAAUAGAGCUUUGGAGCCAAAGUCUGGCCUGGAACCACAUCAUAGCCUGUGAUGUGAAUCAGUAUUCGGACUGAACUCUUCCUUGCAUCCAACUGCCUGACAUUUGAGGAUUGGAAUGAUGUUUAGCUGGCUGGAGUUAUAUUGCAUUACAUUAGAGUAUAAUCAAGUACAUGGAUUGGACCUCACCUACAAGUCUGGGUCUUGGUUUGUGUGGUCAAGUCCUGCUCCUUUUCGAAUGAACUAGACAUGACUAUAAAGAUGUGACUAUGAAGUAUGGAAAGCAUCAGACUAGAUUGACCUGGAUUUAUUGGUUGUACUGGUAUGGUUUGGUUUAGGUACCGUCACUUUCUAACCUGCAUCCUCAUUUCACCCGUUGAUCAGUCCAGCUUUGGUUCUGUUCUGGUUUAGACGAAGUCUGACCAGGUCUGGAGUUUGGCUCAGAUUGUCCUAGAUUAUAUCUACAGUAUCUCACCCUGAACUUGUUUUCAUCUGUGUCCCUCAGUAAGUCAGGUUUCAUAAAUCUAAUAUAAGAGCCAUCUCACUUUCUCGGCCUUACAUGGGUUGUAUUUUUUCCUGGAAGCACAUGACAGUCACACAGUGAACCAUCCUGGACUUCUGAGGUCUCCAGAAAUCUGUGUGCAUUUUAAAUGGAUGUUUGUUUAUUCCACGUUCUCUUACCCAGGCUGAUCUGUUUACCUGGUCACUGUUAAUGUCAAUGUCCAGAUUGAACCGUCAUGUAUUAUAACAGACGAAGAAGAACAUCCUCAUGAAAUGAUGACGAUGAGUUUCAUCUUUGAAGAAGGAAACAUGUCUGUUAAUUAAAUCUAUUCAUUUGAGUUGUGACAUAGUUACCUGUGACUGAUGAAUCAUAAUCUGUCAUGAUUGGUUCUUAGUAAAACUAAGACAAGAGGAACUGAACUGUUGGAUCAUCUAACUUUAGGACCUUUGUUGCCCAUGACGACUCCAGAAUCUAGCAACAGUCACCACAAUCGUCAAGGAAACGACCAGGUGGUUCUGGGUUAAUGUAAAGGGACUGGUCACGUGAUCAUCCGUUGAACCUUUGUUUGUUGGAAAGGACACUGAGGAUGAAUCGAACACGUCAUGUGCAGCAGCAGCUUGUCCAACGUCAACACGCUUCACUGUUUUCAUCUGCGGAGCCUCAUGGAUCCACCUUCCAGUCCCGGUGUCAUGUCAACCCGCUUAGUUGUUCACUUCCUAAAGAACCUGACCAGAUCUUCCAACCCUGAGCCUGGAAGCAUGAGUGACUGUGUGUCGCCACAGAGAUGGACCCAAGUGCCUCCUACUUCUUUCUAAACACUGGGAACUUUACACAAAAAAACAGUAGUCUUUCAAAAUAAGAGCACUUUUACAUUUUGUUUACCUGCUUAAAAAUGUACACUAGCUGUAAACUCUCAUUUUUCAUCAUUUUAAUGACAAACAAACCUACGUGCAGCACACACUACAUAUACUGCAAAAAAAACCCAAAAACUCAAAAACACAAGUAAAAUUAUUAAAAAGACAUUUUUACUCUAUUUCUGUAGGAAAGAGUAAAAAUGAACAGAAAAAAAAAUCUUUUUGUACUCUUUGCAGCUCGACGAGAACGUAGAACUUAUCCAAGGUGAAGUUACAUCUUAGUUUGUUUUUUUUAAUUACAUAUUCUAUAUAUUUUUAAUUUAUUUUUACUUUGAAUCACAGAGUGGACCCCUGCCGUGCCCCAAAGCCAUUGGAAUAUUUUGCCACUGGGUAGAAAAUAAACUGAUGACAUACAGCUGGUCAUGAGGAGCCUAGUUCAAGACGUGUUCUUGUGUUGUGAGCUUCACAUGCUUUCACUCUGACGACUGAGCUACAGCUUCAUGGCAACAGGAAGUCUGAGCUGAGAGGACAGCGAUGGAGCCACCAGUCACUGUCACAAACAUCGUGUUAGUUAAAGAAUGUAAAUACUGUAAAUCUACAUCCUGAGAUAUCUUAACUUAUUUACUUUAAUUGAGUUUGAUUAUUUUUAGCUUCUUGACGUGUUGUUAUACAGUUCAGUGAAAGCCAAUAGAUCAUUAUGAUCUAUCUAUCUUUCUUUUCAUUGUAAUAUACUGUUAUUAUUUAGUCAUAGAAUGUAAUAAUCUACAUUUAAAUCAGUUUGUCGUAAUUUGAGUUAAUCAUCCGAGGGUGAUGUCAGGACGGUGGAGGGAAGAGCUAAAGUUAAAGGGAAGAUACUGAUCCAGGAUCAGAAACAAGCCUCACUCUUAAAGGAACAGUUCAACAUUUGGUUAUUUUACUUUUGUUGCCAUAAGACACAGAGUCAGGUCAUCUCUGUGUGUGUGUGUGUGUGUGUGUGUGUGUGUGUGUGUCCACUUAUGUUGCAUUUACCUAAGUUUAGCAUACAGAGUGGAAGCAGGGCUAAACUGUUAGCUUGGCUUACACCUUCACCUUCUCAACUGAGCGUGCAUCUUUUAUUUUCUGUUUCAUUUUCUGUUCAUUUCAUAACACUGCACAUUGUUCAUGUUAACACAGCUCUGGUUUACAAUGUCAUCACGAUUAGAAAAGCACUUGGGAGGCCUCAUAGUAACACAGCUAACACAUGUGUGGACCCCACUGUAAAUACAUAUAUGAACAGCGGGGUCCAUAAUGGCUCACUGAGCCCAUAAUUACAAACAAUCAGUAAGCUUUGUCUUAUUUUCUUCAGUAACAGAAACCAGUCUAAAGACUUCCCCCUGUCCAUCAGCUUGUGUUCUCAGUGACAGCCAUGAGUGUGUGAAAACACUGAGGGGGGGGUUAGCUUGGUCUGAGCCACUGUCACUGUUCACUGCACUGAUGUUUGUCAUGUAUCUGAAUCUGGAACAACUAGUUUCUUAGUGCUAAAAAAAAAAUUUACUCCAGAAAUUAAUACCUUGAAUUAAAAGUUGUAGUGGAUACAAAAUGUAUGAAGAUUCAACAGAUGCAAACAGCUGGGCAGGUAGGACAGGUAAAUCAGUUAACACCUGUGUGCAGCCCUGGGUUUCUACUAACCUUUAUGUUCAUGAAGUCACGUCAGAGGUGCUCAUGUUAAAGUUCACCCAGAGCAUUAACAAGCCUCAACAAGCCCAAGUCUUCUGUAUGAUACAAUCACUACUGUAAUUAUAAGUGUGUGUUUUCUGUUUGAACUGUAACCACAUGAAAUUAUUAUAUUCCAGAACUAUGCAUAUUUAUGAAGAUAGAGUUUUAGCGGGAACAGGACACUGGUGUGAGCUGCAGCAGGUUCAUGUGCAACAUCUCACAGCUUCUUGUCAUGCGACAGAAAAUGUGUGUUGUGCAGAAAAAAAGGAAACACGCACUAGGUGGAUCGGUACUUUGUGGCACACGCACUGUAUAUUUGUUUUAUCUGAACGUGCUCCAGGAAGCGAUGCGUUAUAUGUGUGUGGUCUGCUGGGAGCUCGGGAGGAGCAGCUUUAUUACAACCUCGCUCUGCAUGUUGAUUAUCGGCCCCGUGUGUAGCUCUGUCCAUGAUCGUGGCUUAGAAAAUGUGUCUGCACUGUGUUUGUGGUCCAGAGUCCUGACAGCCUUGCUUUAUGAUAGGCCAGUACUGUGUGUUAGACCGAGCUAAGGUUUUCUAAAACAUGUUCAGACUGAACGUGACGCAAAAAUCUGCCUUGCAUUAUUCACUAGUAUUUGAGUGUUUGAGUCCAUUUUAAUUUACCCCACAAAGCACUGACUGUACAGAUGUUAACUGAAGGCUGGGACAACUGUGGGCUCAGUUUCUCUGAAUGUGAGAGAGAGCUUGUGGGGUUCAAAGAUUGUUUUUUUUCAGGAAUACAACCCUGUGUGCUGAUUGGUUUGCUUCUGCUGUCUUAUAGGAAUUAGUCAACUCUGCAUGCCCACACCUUAUCCCUCCAAACAUUUUCCAUUUACCACAGUGUCUCUAAAGCUCCUUUUUUUCCUCUUCUCCUGUGUUUUAUUUUGAAGUGUUGAUCCAUAAGAUAUAUUUGUGGUUUUAAGAACCAAAAACCAUCUCGGUGUAGUUUUACAUCUGCUCCCUCAGGCUUCUCUCUGGAGCUGUUGUUACAACAGUUAUGUAAGCCAAUCAGAAGAGAGGAGGCUCUGAGCCUCUCUUCUGAUUGGCUGACUGUUUUCUGAGUGAUCCAGUAAAAAUAAAGCAGAUUUCAGGAAAACACUCAGAGAAACCAAAUCUUGCAAGGUUGGAUGGUGGGUCCAGGUGGGCGGGGCUUGGGCUGUGGCUGAAAGCGGUGACUGCUUUGUUGUGACAUCACAAAGUUCCAGAAGUCCUGACGGCUGGUUUUAAGGCUCAGUUUUCUGAAUACAGGCUGUGUGCAUUUCUCUGUGGACUGAGGCUUUGAUACUUUCACAGUAUUAAUAUAGAAGCUAGACCUGAUCUAUAAUCAAACUACACAUGGACACAGACCUUUAUACUAUAUGGACGUUUAAGUUAAAACAACCUUUUAAAUGUUGUUGUGAUCAGUAAUUUAUCAGCCAGUUUUUGUAGCUGAAAAAAAGUCAGUAAUUUUGCCCGACUUAUAACAGUAAACAAUGAGCUCAUGCCCCGAUGAAUUGAGACUUCUGUAUGACAACAGUCAACAGUAACCAGCCCCACAGUGUUUGCUUCAACUAGGAAUUUAUAUAUUUUGUUCAGUGACUUGUAACAGGUAGGUGCAACAAUGCACAAAAACAGCAUCUGUAUUCUUUUGUUUCAUUUAGAACAUUAAACAUCACAACAUCAGUUCAUCCUAAAGUUCACACACAGCUGCUGGAAAGAUGCAAAAUGAAUGAAAGAAGGAUUUUAUCAAAAUCUGAAACCUCCACUUUCACCUCCACAGUUUAAAAAUCACUAGGCCUAUUGUGAUGUUAAUACCAAAAAAAGACAAAGAGUUAACUCAGCACCACGUGGUGCAGCGACAUAGCAGUGACAUAUUAACAGAAAAUCCUACAGUGGUUACAUUAGAAAUUCUCAGUGUUUCUUAUUAAAGCUGCACUGAGCAGGAAAAGCCCUGUAACAGAAGAGUGUCUGCCUCCGUGAGUCAGAUCAGCUCCUCCUCUGUUCUGUCGGUCCAGCUGCUCAGUGUCUUCUCUGUUGACAGGAAGAGAUCAAUCAACAGCAAAACUUAAACUGACAAACUGAAGCAGUCAGUCAGGUUGCUCAGGUAGUUUAUAGCCAGUGAUAUUAGACAUGUCAUUAACGUCCUAUUUAAAACCAAGUUCAUAUUAAUAGCUCAACAGUGAUGUUUUGGUCUAAAAACUCCACUAAAUACAGUAUGUUCAUAUUGUUUGACUCCAGUGACAACAAUCACAUCAGUCAAACCCAGUUCACUGGUGAUGUGGGAAAUCAGUGUGCGGGGGAGGGGAAGUAAACCGGCACUUUCCGUCAGUUCCAUCACCUGCAGGUUUUUAUGUUUUAUUUUAUUUCACUAGCAUUAACCAAGGCUUGUAUUUCAACCUCAGCCAUAAUAACCAUGGUCUUUGCUGUGUGCAGACAUAAUAGCAAAAAAUAAUGAUUAUACAAAAACCUACUACUACUGGCACAGAGAGAAUUCUCUCUGGUUAAAAUGCUGCAAAUAAACUGGACAAAAAUGAAGGAGAGGAUCUGUUUAUCAGGACACUGAACUGAUGACUACUGUGUUGAUAUCCAGGGGCCGGUUUCACCAAGCGGUGUGAGACUGCUCUGUAGUGCUGGUCCAGUCUUCAUGUUGCUCACAGAUCAGUCUGAUGUUUGUCAGACUGUUUCACUAAAAUAAAGACUGACUCAUUUUAAGAUAAAAACAUUAGACACCUUACCCCGAGGCGAACUCAGGCCUAAGACCAAUGUUACCAUGGUAACAAUCAGUGACACCUGCCCUCACCAGUAGCACCCAACAACAAAAAAACAGGGAAACAUUACAGGAGAGUAAUGAGAGGGGAAAGAGUUUUCUUUUUUCCAAAUGAGAUUUUUCUUUUUAUUGUUUCACUCUUCACACACACAUAAAGAUUUUCUGUUGCACUAAAUGGAGCAGAGCAGUUUGAUGCAGAUUGAAAAGUUAAUUUACCCAGAAUUCAUUGUACCACAGUCUGGCUUAAGGUAGUCAAGAACUAAACUGAUUUGUGCAACGGAUGAACUUAGACUCAGUCUAUCUGAAGUCUGACUGUUUGUCAUAUCGAAACCACAGUCACAUUCUGUCUUUGUGAAACCAGCCCCUGAUGAGAAACAGUCACAUGACGUGUCACGUGUAUGUAUGUCUCCUGAGCAGCCCUUGCUGCAGUAGUAAAGGCCAGCUUCCUGAAGACAUCAGUGGGACUCACACACACUCAGAGAAGUUUGAUCCCGGUGUUUCCUGUCUGAUCACAGCCUGAAGCUUUCGCUGAGGCUGAAGGGAAACAGGUGUUUUUCUCUCUGUCGGCUCAGAACACAUUUAUACUCUUCUCCCCUCUUUUUCUUUUGUCCACGCUCUUCAUUCACUCUCAUCUCCUUCCUUCUUUCCUUCCAGUGUUCUCCUGCAUCAUACAAAGUAUUUAAGCUCAGUAUGUUAAAAUCAACAUUACUCAGUAAUAUGUCAGUGUCAUUCUCUCUCUCUCUCUCUCUCUCUCUCUCUCUCUCUCUCUCUGGGUAAUGUGUUGUAUACUCGUCUCCAUUCAUAAUUCUAUGUAUUAGAAUAAUUUCUCAUCUUAUAUACUGUCUUCUUAAAAAGGUGAGAUGUGGUGAACUUUUAAGGCGGCUCUGUGUCUGACACUGAUUAAAGUUACUUCAUCUUUCAA